AUGUCAAAAUUCGAAGAAGAGAAACAAGUUGGAUUGGCCCAUGAGAAAAGCAUCAGUUACGAAGAUGAUUUCGCCCCCAGUUCUCAAGCUUCAAACACUGAAGUACAAGAAACCAAAAUCAAUUUUGUUGAUCGAUGGGCUCAUAAAUUAAAAGCUGAAACUAAAGGCAUUGAUUUAGUUACUGACGAAGAGAAAACUGAUACUUCAGUAUGGAACGCAGCUACUAUGUGGCUAAGUGCUAAUUUAGUCAUUGCUACAUUUGCAUUGGGUGCAUUGGGUAUCACCGUGUUUAACUUGGCUUUUGGUCAAGCAGUGUUGACAAUUAUCUUUUUCGCAGCCAUUGGUAAUUUCACCGUGGCUUAUUUCUCGUGUUUUGGACCAGUAUUGGGGUUGAGACAAAUGAUUUUGUCUCGAUUAAUGAUUGGUGAUGUAACCGUUCGGAUAUUCAGUGCCAUUAAUGUUGUUGCUUGUGUUGGUUGGGGUGCGGUAAAUAUCAUGUCUAGUGCUCAAUUGUUGCACAUUGUUAAUAAUGGUGCCUUGCCGCCAUGGGCAGGAUGUUUGAUUCUUGUCUUGUGUACCAUCUUGGUUACAUUCUUUGGAUAUCAUGUGAUUCACCUUUAUGAAAAAUGGUCAUGGAUCCCCAACUUGAUCAUUUUUAUAAUCAUCAUUGUUCGAUUCGCCAUGUCGGGUAACUUCAAAAGUGCAAAUUUUGUUGGUGGUGAAACUACUGCUGGUAAUGUCCUUAGUUUUGGUAGUACAAUUUAUGGUUUUGCUACUGGUUGGACAACUUAUGCUUCCGAUUACACUGUUUACCAACCAAGAAACACUAAUUUACUCAAACUUUUCACAGCAAUUUUCCUUGGUAUUUAUUUACCAACGGUAUUCAUCUUGAUUUUGGGUGCUGCUUGUGCUACUGGUAUCAAAUCUGAUCCUCAAUGGGCUAGCAUGUACAAUGAAUACUCAGUUGGUGGAUUGGUGUAUUCCAUCCUUGUCACCAACUCAUUACACGGAUUUGGACAAUUUUGUUGUGUUGUAUUGGCAUUAUCUACCGUGGCCAACAAUAUCCCCAACAUGUAUUCAAUGGCUCUUAGUGCUCAAACCGUUUGGACAAAAUUCCACAAGAUCCCACGUGUGGCAUGGACAAUCAUAGGUAAUGGUGCCACUCUAGCCAUUUGCAUCCCCGCUUACUACAAGUUUGAAUCAGUGAUGGAAAAUUUCAUGAAUUUGAUUUCAUACUAUUUGGCAAUUUACGAAUCCUUAUUGUUGAGCUCCCAUUUAAUUUGGCACAAGGGUAAAUUUAGAAGUUAUGAUUAUGAACGGUAUAAUGAUAAAUCAUACUAUCCAAUUGGAUUAGCUGGUACGUUUGGAUUUUGUUGUGGUGUUGCUGGGGUUGUCUUGGGUAUGAACCAAACUUGGUAUAGUGGUGUUAUUGGUAGACAAAUUGGUGAUUUUGGUGGUGAUAUUGCGUUUGAAUUGGCCAUGGGAUUUGCGUUUAUCGGGUUUAAUGUCACGAGAUAUUUCGAAAAGAAGUAUAUAAGAUGA